UGUCUUGGCCUCGCUGCAACGCACGCCUGGGCUCAACUUCACCUCACCAGCAAACCAGACCAGAUCAGCAGCACCUCACUCAAACAAAGUCUUAUACAACACAUCCCUGGGCACAAGGUCUUGGCCAACAUCCUGCCCGCACAUCACACAGAACAUGACCAUGACCCUGGACUCGGCACAGCAAAGGUUCGGGCCCACGAUGAACCUCGACUACGCACAUCACCACAGCCAUGCGCCGGCUUUCUCGAAUCCGUGGUCUUCCUCCAUCUCCGCCUCUCACCCACCACCGAGCAGCAACAGCACAUUCAUCGGUAGCCAGCAGCAACCGCCACCUCUCAACCCAAACAUGAUGGCCGGCAAACCCCCCGCGCCUCGGCCAACCACAUAUGGCUCUCUGCCUGUUGGCUCCUCCGCCGACAUGAUGAGUAUGAACCGAGUGCCACCCACAUCCACUCACUAUGGCACGGAAACCAGCUACGCCUCUUCGGCCUCCCCAGUGCAUGGCAGCCAUUUCACACCGACGGCUGCUCAGUACGAUGCCAUGGGAUACACGCCCACCGGUGUGCGUCCCUCCUUUGGCAUGGUAGGCGAGGCAGAUCGCAAAUAUCCCAGCACAAGUCUUCAACAACAGCAGCAAGAUCAUGAGCGUCGUGGCUUCGCCGAUGCUCUCGAUGCCAGCCACGGCAUGCUCGCCAUGAGCCAAGAGACACCGAGAAACAUCUACGGUCCCGCCCGGAGCGACCGCUCGUCUGUUGAUUCCUAUGGCUUCCCAUCCACACACUCGACCAGCUCUUCUAUCUCCUCCAGCGGCAACUUCAGCUCCUACUAUGGCGGCGACUCAGUGUCCGACUACUCAACCGCAGGCUCCGACAUCGAGUCGUCAAUGGGAUCGCGGACACUACCCCGCCCUCAGGGGUUGAUGGGUGCUGGCCUGCCACCCGCUCCGCAAUCCAUGAUGGGCCAGUUCAGCUCCAAGGUGUCGUCGGGCACGCAGAAGAAGCACAAGUGCAAGGUCUGCGAGAAGCGUUUCACGAGGCCUAGCUCGCUGCAGACGCACAUGUACAGCCACACUGGCGAGAAGCCAUUUGCCUGCGAGGUUGAGGGUUGUGGACGUCACUUCUCAGUCGUCUCAAACCUGCGCCGUCACCGCAAGGUUCAUCGGGGUGAGGCUCAUUCCGAGGUUGGGUCCGAGGAUCACCACUCGGAGUGAGCGCCCUGGAUGCCACAACCCUGCACGUCCAGCGACUGUUCAGGACAUGCUCGCAGGGACGAGAUGAUGGCGACUUUGCAUCAACUGGCUUUUUGGUCGGUGCUGGAUUCACUGACCCGGUUCGUACUGGUCCUUCUUUCGGCCCAGAACUAUAGCUGCCACCUUGGCCGCACACACAACGGCUGGAUCUUGACAAUAUCUUGUACAACGCGCAUAGAGCAGGCAACUGCAGCGGUACGGUCGAAUUUCGCGACAUUUAUUACGAGUCAAUGACUGUUAGAGGCCUCGUAUGGCCCUGUGAUACAACACAUCACUGGGAGGGGGAAGAAUGGCACCCUAGGUGAAACCUUUUGCCAGGAACAGCCUUGAGGACACGGCGAUAU